UACGCACGCAUUUUGAUGUAUGGCGGAAGCGGAGGAGCUUUGAUUGACACACUUCUUCUCACUUGCGCUGUUUCAUCCAUGGCCGUCUACGAGUACUGGUGCCCUUUCGCGGCGGAGGACGACGACGUCGUCGAGUGGUUCGAGCGGGUGGCGGAGGACGCCGGCGUCGCGCAGGCGGAGACGCUCCGCCGCAUCCUGGUGGCCAACCUCGGCGCGGAGUACCUGCAGCGGUGGCUCGGCGCGCUCCCCGCCGACGUCGGAGACAUGAGCGCCCGAGAGCUGGAGGCGCUCUUCGUCUCCGCCGUUCCCCUCGCUUCUCAUGCUGACUUCGAGCCGUACAUCCGCCGCAUCGCCGCCGGCGACGCGGCGCCGCUGCUCACGCGCCGACCCAUCACUAUGCUCUCGCUCAGCUCAGGAACUACAGACGGCAGGCCGAAGUACGUGCCGUUCACGCGCUUCAGCUCUCAAUCGACGCUUUACAUCUUUAGAUUGGCGGCCGCUUACAGAUCGAGGAUUUUCCCGAUAAAGUCCGGCGGAAGAAUUUUGGAGUUCAUCUACAGCAGCAAGCAGUUCCGCACGGCCGGCGGAGGCCUCCUCGCCGGAACGGCGACGAGCCACUACUUCGCCAGCGACGAGUUCCUCAAGAAGCAGAGCGCCACCAAGUGCUUCACCUGCUCCCCCUACGAAGUCAUCGCCGGCGACGACUACCACCAGUCCACCUACUGCCACCUCCUCUUUGGCCUCCUCCAUCGCCACGACGUCGAGUUCGUCGCCUCCACCUUCGCCUACAGCCUCGUGCAGGCCUUCGCCGCCUUCGAGGCCGCGUGGGAGGAGCUCUGUUCCGACAUCGAACAGGGGAAUCUAAGCGUCAAAAUUACCUCGCCGGAGAUGAGGAAAGCUGUCACAGAGCAUCUCCGGCGACCGGAGCCGGCUCUCGCGUCGGAAAUUAGGAAGAAAUGUGAGAAAUUGAAGGGAUCGAGUUGGUUUGGAGUGAUCCCGGAGCUGUGGCCCAACGCGAAAUACGUGUACGCCAUCAUGACGGGCUCGAUGAUGCCGUACACGAAGAAGCUGAAGCAUUACGCCGGCGGCGAGGCGGUGCCGCUGGUCUCCGCAGAGUACGGCUCCACCGAGAGUUGGAUCGGGGCGAACCUUGAGCCGCUUAGCCCACCGGAAAAAGUGACCUUUACGGUGAUCCCCACCUUCGCUUACUUCGAGUUCAUCCCCGUUCUCCGGGAACGGGAUAAAAAUGCCAUCUUGGAAGCAGAGCAACCAGUGCCUCUCUCCGGCGUGGUGGUCGGCCAGCAGGACGAGAUCGUCCUCACCACCUUCACCGGGCUUUACCGCUACAGGCUCGGGGACGUUGUGGAGGUCGCCGGGUUCCACAAGGGCUUGCCACGGCUUUCGUUCGUCUGCCGGAAAAAUCUCAUCUUGACGGUGAACAUCGACAAGAACACGGAGCGGGACCUCCAGGCGGCAGUGGAGACGGCGGCGGGCUUGCUGGCGGAGACUGCCGCGGAGCUGGUGGACUUCACAAGCCACGCGAACAUCGCCGCCGGCGGGGAAUUCUCCGGGCACUACGUGGUGUACUGGGAGCUGAAGGGGGAGGCGGCGGAGGAGGUGCUGAAAGAGUGCUGCGCUGCCAUGGACGCCGCCUUCGCGGACGAAGGGUACGUGGUGUCAAGGAGCACGAGGUCGAUCGGGCCGCUGGAGCUGAGGCUCGUCUCCGCCGGGACCUUCCAGCAGAUAAUGGAGCACUUCGUCGGCAACGGCGCGGCGGUGAGCCAGUUCAAGACGCCGAGGUGCACCGCCAACGAGGCGGUGCUCCGAUUGCUCGAUCGACGCACCGUGCGGCGAUUCUGGAGCACCGCCUAUGGAUGAAUCGAUCAGCAAGAUCGCAUUUUGAUCAUCGAAUUCGAUCAAAGAUUAAAUUUUUCUUGGUUUCUUGAUCUUGAUCUUGAUCUUGAUCGAGGAAGAUUGAUCAUAAUCAAUCAUUUCCUGUUUAGGAUAUACCUCAAUAAAACAGUGAACUCAAAUAUUAGACCUAACUUCGAUGGCACAACAAAUUAAUUGGGCACGAGAAGUUUGUUAUAUCCCCCUUGCAAAAAAACUGCUUCUUUGGAUUU